AUGAGGCGUGGGAACAUUGUUGGAUAUGCUGGUAAAUUAGAGGUGGAGAUUGUGGCAGAUGGGACUACUGGUGGGGAGGUCACUGAUGGUCCUAGGACUAUCAUGGUCCAGUGCAUAAAAAGGUCACUUGCUUCUCAUCCUGCACCCAAGCCUAAGCGCCCUUGCCUCAACAUUGAGGCCCAGUUGGACAAAGCACACACCAAAGCUGCGCAGCUCUGGCUUAAGAAGACUGAGCUCCAAAAACAGAACAAUAAGUACCAAGAGACACUGAUUGACAUGCAUCAGCACUCCCAGACACAAGAAUCAGAGUUGCUUCAUAUGAGCAACCACCUUUACUUGCUGUUGCACAAUUGGGGGUCAUGGGAGAAGGAGUUUGGUGAGAUCAUUGGGGAGUAG